AUGACGGACGCCGAGGACGUCGAACUGCGCGGCGCGGCGGAAAUCGCGCGGAAACAGCGCGAGGAGCUGGUGCGCGAAUUCGAGUCGCGACGACGUUUGCGCGCGACGCACGCGCCGACGCACGAUGCGGACGUGCGCGCGAUGCUGCGAAAGUACCGCGAGCCGAUCACGCUGUUCGGCGAGCGAGAGAGCGAGCGGAGGGAUCGAUUGCGCGCGCUGUUGGCGUCGUUGGACGCGCGAGACGGCGGCGAACUCGACGACGGCGCGGGGACGCGAACGGCGACGGAUAAAUACGGCGCCACGAUCGUCGACGAGGGAGAAUAUAACGCGCACGCGACGCAGAAGGAGACGUUUUACACCGAAGGCACGGAACGGUUGCUGGAGUGCCGAAUAGACAUCGCGGAGUGGUCGCUGCCGCGGGCGGCGAAGCGCGUGGCGACGCAACGCGAGGCGAGAGGUAAGGGAGGGAGAAAAGACGAACGGGCGACGAUCGAUGCGGUGGUGGCGUCGACGUCGGGGUUCCAGGCGCAGUGCAGCGAGAUCGGCGACGCGUCGCGACCGAUCUGUGAGGUGAAGUUUUAUAACGGAGGGAGAAACGCGGUGAGCGCGAGUUGGAGCGGGGAGGCGCGCAAGUGGGCGUGCGACGUAGAGGGAGGAAAAUUGACCUCCGAGCUCGUCAUUCGAGCGAGUGAUCAUCGAAUCACUGGAAUCGACGCGUUCGACGCGGGCGACGGUCGCGCGCGCAUCGUCACCGGGCACGCCGACGGCUCUGCGGCGAUUUGGAACGCCGACGGAAGUCGCGCGGCGGAGUUGAAAGGCCACGCCUCUCGAUGCGGGCGCGUGGCGUUUCAUCCACACGGGGGAAAGUACGUCGCCACCGCGUCCUUCGACGCCACGUGGCGGCUUUGGAGCGCGGAGACCGGGGAAGAGUUGUUGUGUCAAGAGGGCCACGCCAAGGAGGUGUACGACGUCGCGUUCCACCCCGACGGUUCGCUCGCCGCGUCCGUGGGCUUAGACGCCGUCGGGCGCGUGUGGGAUCUGCGCAUCGGCAAAUCCAUCGCCGUCUUACGCGGUCACGUCAAGCAAAUCCUCUCCGUGGACUUUUCUCCCAACGGCUACCACGUCGUCACCGGCGGCGACGACCGCACCGUCAAGUCGUGGGACUUGCGCAAAUCCGCCGAGUGCGCGUACACCAACGCCGCGCACUCCGCCCUGGUCUCUUGCGUCAGGUACGAAAAAACCUCAUCCAACGGCGCCUUCUUCACCAGUUCCAGCUACGACGGUUCCGUCGUCGUCUACUCCGCGCGCGACUUCGCCCCGCACAAGAAGAUCGGCGACGGCGCCGCGGGCAAGCUCACCGCCGUCGACGUCGCCGGCGACGCCCUCAUCCUCAGCGGUUUCGACCGCACCCUCAAGUAUUACACCAAGUGA